AUGGAUUGGUAUUUAAAAGCUGCUGAAAAUGGUCAUUCAAUUUCUCAAUUUGAAAUUGGAUGUUUAUAUCAAAAUGGACAAGGAGCUACAAAAGAUUAUUCCAAAGCAAUGGAAUGGUUUCUAAAAGCUGCUGAAAAUGGUCAUUCAGCAUCAUAUCACAACAUUGGAUGUUUAUAUGGAUAUGGACAAGGAGUUAAACAAGAUUAUUCCAAGGCAAUGGAGUAUUUUUUAAUAUCUACUAACAAUGGUCAUUCAAUUUCUCAAUUUGAAAUUGGAUUUUUAUAUCAAAAUGGACAAGGAGUCAAACAAGAUUACAAAAAAGCAAUGGAAUGGUUUCUAAAAGCUGCUGAACAUGGUCAUUCAUGCGCUCAAUUUCAAAUUGGAUGGUUAUACCUUAUUGGAAAAGGAGUUCAACAUGAUUAUUGCAAAGCAAUGGAAUGGAUCAUAAAAGCUGCUGAGAAUGGAAGCUCUGCAGCCCAAAAUUUCAUUAAUUGA